UCGAGUGACAAGUCACACCUGGAGAGGCCAGUCCCCCAUUCAUCCCGCCACGUGGCAAGCAUCAACCGGUGCUUGCCCCCCUCGCGAGCUAAUUAAGUAUUAACUCUUAAUUAGCUUCGUAAUGGAGGGAUGAACAAUUGAAAGCAAUCAAACAUAUGAUCUUCUGUUCUUCAUUGUGUUAAACCGAUUGGAAAUUGUGAAACUUCAGAAUCAUAUUAGUCACACAGAUUCAAUGCCUUGUGCGGUUUUUUCACAGAAUAAUCAUUAUUCGAUUUCAGUUUUAUUUUUUCAAGUGAUAAAAUUGUGGGCAAAGGCAUGUCUCUGUGCAGGGCUCUCCUUCUUCCUCUUAAUUUGCAUCCCAAUUUUAAUCCUUCUGACUCUUCCAUUUUCCAUUUCUUUUUUAUGGGCACUAUUUUUCUGUAAGAUUUUAUGUUUCUUCUGUUUGUGCCCCGAAUUUAGAUUUCUAGAAAUGAAGUUUUUGGUAAAUUACUUGUCCUCUGCUGCAACAAAAUUCACAGGAAGCAGCAAAUCCAAUCCCAACCAUGAUGAUGAUCAUCAUAAUCACCAUCAUAAGAUUAUUAACGAUAAUAAUGAUGAGUUAAUAGCCAAGACUCUUGAGGAUAAGCAGGAGAGUGUUCAGUUAGAUCCGUCAGAGCUUCCUUCUUUAUAUGAAUCCGAUUUCGAUGUUGAAGAUGAUCAUCAUCAAGAGAUCAAAGGCAAAGGGGUAAACGAUGGUAUGAGUCAAAUUCGCGCGUGUAAGGAAGGCUCGUGGCAAAUCCUCGUCUCAAAGCCUCGCAAAAGGAGAGAACCUCAAUCGUUCUAUGAUGUGUUGUCGUUUUGGAAGAGCAAAGAGAAAGGAGAUGCGGAUUUAGAAGAAAUUACGAAUCCAAGAUCCACUGUGUAAGAUUGAAUAAAUGUUAGGGACUUGUCACCCUUUAUUUUUGAAAUUGUGCAUGGCGCCCAGUAAUGUUUAAUGAAUCUCCACCUUUAGUGAUUGUUUUUCUUAAUUAAUCACACACUUUUUCCUAAUCACCCUUUCCUGAAUUCUUCUAAUCAAAGCCAAUAUCCCAUUUGAAACAUUAUCUGCAGACAGGUGUGGUAAAUUAAAAUACCAAUAUUAGUUUGAAUCAUAUUCACAUUCAAAAGCAGCGCUUACACAAACUUUACAACUGAACCCUAAUUAUUCAGAAAAUUAAAGAACGAGGAACUCAUCACUUGACUAGUCGAGCCUAACUUUGUGUGCUGAAGAGAAGUGCCUUGCGGCUACAACCAUGGUUGCCUCUGGCCCUGCACUCUUUGCUACAGUUUUAUCCUUCCUUACCUUUUCUCCUUCGCCCGCCGAUGACGAUACAAAGAUGCAAGAAGCCACCAUCAAAACACGCAACAUCGACGAGCUCCUGCUUGUCCUCGACCUUAACCAUCUUACGAUUGUUCUGUCAACGAAACUGAACCAGUACUCUUUUAACUAAAACAGUAGAACCAGAUUAAUGACCAAGUAACUUCUGUUUGUUUUUUGAUUGUUGAGAGUCAUAAUAAUCACCCGUGCCCUUUUUAUAAUCUGAG